CUCGGCGUCAUCAAACGGCGACGCAACGGGUCCUGAGUUCCUUCCUGUUGGAGCAGCCCGGCGUCCUGACAUUGCCUGAGCUUGAUAUCAUGUAUUAUAAGUUCAGCGGCUUCACUCAGAAGCUGGUCGGGGCGGCGCCGGUGGAGGCUUACAGCCCACAGGGGUUCCGACCAGUCUCUAACCCCGAAGCUCCAGCACCUAUUUUUGCAACACCAACAAAAUCUUCAGGUGAACCAACGACUCGUAAAUACCUGAUAAGGAACAGAGUGCCAGAGCUACAGAAACACUUCCAGAAACCUGAUGGCGUACCUGUAUACUUAAAAGGCGGAUAUAUCGAUAGACUUCUGUACCGAACAACUAUGGCAUUAACACUCGGCGGGACCAUCUAUUGCAUCAUAGCGCUAGUCAUAGCAUCACAGCCCAAAAAAAAUAAAUAAAUCUGGGACUGGUCACGUGGCAA